AUGGCAUUCCCGAAGAAAAAGGGCUCCGAUGACUCAGAUUCCGAUUCCGAUGAGUAUGAGCCGCUGGCAAAACGGGCGCCGUUCCCCGAAGUCGAAUCGCGCGGCGAUGAAAUGGAAGUCGAAAGCAGCGCCAGCCAUCCCUGGCAGAAGGUUAUCUACGAGCGCGCGCUGGACGACAUAAGCGCCGCCGGAUUGGAUGACAACGUUCCUCGAGGCACCGAAUCGUUCACCGUCAACCAGCGAGAUAAGGCGAAGAUCCAAGCGGAGGCGGACUCGAUAAACAUCCAGGGCUUUGACAUUGUCACCAACAUAAACACGCUGCACGCGGGCCCCUUUGAUCUGGUCCCCUAUCUGCUCGACAUUGAAAAGUUUGGCAUAUCUCAGUUCGACGACACGACCCGCCGCUAUUUCAAGAUGCUCCCGCGCUUCAUCGGCGGCAAAUACCUGGAUCCGCCAAAGCCUCGAACUUGGAACAACAACUACCAGCCUUUCCCGAACAAGCUCGAGCACUUCUUGGCCCCCGACUACUCCCUCGAGGCCCUAUUGGCCGUUGAAUUGGACCUCGAUCAAUCGGACGAAAAUCUGGCCGGCCAGAUUGCAAAAGCGCUCGGCGAGCCCAAGGUGGAGAGCAUCGUCAAGAUCAUCGGCGCCGUUGGCAGGGACAGGGCACUGCACUAUUUCGAGGAGACGCGCCGCAUCGAGGCCAACGGCGGCCAGCUGGUCAAGAACAAUUCGCGGCGACGAGCCCCCGGCGGCGUCUACAUCACGCUUUUCAAGCAGGACCCGGCCAUUCCGCAGCAGAUUCGGGAGGAAACGCUGCCGUUCGACGCAAACUUUGGCGGACGAGGUCGCGGACGUGGUCGUGGGCGUGGACGCGGACGCGGAGGCGGCGAAUUUCAUCAGCACUACCAGCCAAACUACCAGCCCUACCAACCGGUGCACGAGCAACAGCCGCAUCAACCG